ACAGUAGAGAAGAGAGAGAGAGAGAGAAACAAAUAGAGAAAGAAAUUAGGUUACCAAAAUAAAAUAAAAUAAAAAUAAUAAUAAGGAAGGCAAAAGCAGAAAGGAAAAGGGAUUUGGAGUAGAAGGGUUUCCAUAUUGUUGUAAAAAAAUGGGAAGAGGAAGAGUGGAACUCAAGAGAAUAGAGAACAAAAUAAACCGUCAAGUUACAUUCUCCAAACGCCGAAACGGACUCCUUAAGAAAGCUUAUGAACUCUCUGUUCUUUGCGAUGCAGAAGUUGCUUUGAUCAUCUUCUCCACCCGCGGCAAGCUCUACGAAUUCGGCAGCGCAGGUACUUCUAAAACAUUGGAGCGUUACCAACGUUGUUGCUUCUCUCCUCAACACAACUAUGCUGAACGAGAAACCCAGAACUGGUUCCAGGAGAUCUCAAAACUGAAAGCAAAAUAUGAAUCUCUUUGUCGCACUCAUAGGCAUUUGCUUGGGGAAGAUCUUGGACCAUUGAGUGUAAAGGAGCUCCAAAAUCUUGAGAAGCAACUUGAAGCAGCCCUUGCUCAAGCUAGACAAAGGAAGACACAGAUUAUGAUUGAACAGAUGGAAGACCUGCGCAGAAAGGAGCGUCAACUUGGGGAGCUCAACAGGGAGCUUAAGCUAAAGGCAUCCAAAGUUUUUGGAGCUCUGGGUCUGGCUCUGCUGGGCAUGCCAACAACUUUCAAUUGCAUCAUCCUUUACAAUCUAACCCUAUCGAAUGCCAACACCAACCUCUCUUACAAAUCGGGUACCAGAAUUAUUUAUCAGAAGAGGGGCCAUCUGUCGAAAAGAGCAUGACAUGUGAGACGAACUUCAUACAAGGAUGGGUUAUUUGAAUUUCAUUUCUGAAAAAAAAAAAAAAAAACAUAAAAUCUUAAUUAAUAACAUAGUAAUUUUCUUUUCUUGUUUUGUUACUUUUCUUUUCUUUCAAUGAAUUUUUGGACUAAAUAUAUAUUAUUGUCUAUAUUUCCUCUGUUUAAAAAUAUAUGU